AUGGCUGAAGAGAUUAUGGUGUCGAUCCUAUCAAGGUUGCCUCCCAAAUCUGUGAUGCGAUUCAAAUGCGUGCGCAAGUCAUGGUGUUCCUUGAUCAUCAGCUCAAGCUUCGUGGAAAAGCACCUUUCCAUGUGCAACAAGCACUCGACAUCCAUCUUUUGCAAGCAUUUUAUCUUCAGGGAUAUCAACACCAAGGAGAAGGAAGUUGUAUGCUCAUUGAUCACAUUUUCCAAUAACGAUGAGCAUGACACUCAUUCUGUAGUCGAGCACGUUCCCAUUCCCCUGUCUUCUGAUAUACAAACGAGGGGUAACUUCAUAGAUAUUGAAGCUCUCUUCGCCGCAUCGAUUAUAGGACAUUGUAAUGGAAUUUUUUGUAUAUCUUUUGGUCUAGCUUCUGGUAGCAUUGUUUUAUGGAAUCCAGCAAUCAAGGACUUCAAGAUUCUUCCCAAGCAGCAGUGCCUUGAUGGUGCUAUAAAUUCCAUGGCAUUUGGCUAUGAUCCCAAAUCCAAAGAUUACAAAGUCUUGGACAUUGUGGAUCCAACUGGAGAAAGAAUAGGUGAGGAUCGUCUCGUUUUUAGUCUUCCAAAAGUAGAAGUAUACACCUUGAGUACCAACUCGUGGAGAGAAAUCGAGAGCUAUAGUUUAGAAACAGAAACCACUUUGUUCUUGCCUAUGUUUCACCAAAUGUUCAUGAAUGGAAUUUGCUAUUGGAUUGGAUGUGAGAGACAAAGGGAGUUCAUGGACUUGUAUGAUAGAAAUGACGAGGAAUGGGCUAGACAGGUGAUCAAUACAUUUGAUAUGAGAAAUGAAGUGUUUGAUCAUAUAUUGCUUCCUUAUAGUUUAUACGAUCUAAAUGCUAGGUAUUUUCACUUGCACAUCAUUUCAUGGAAGGAGUCUAUUGCUCUUUUUGGUAUGUAUUCCUUUGGAGCUCUAUUUACUACUGAUUCAUAUGGAUUAUGGGUACUGAAUAAUUUGGGUGAUGUUCAUGAGGGUUCUUGGACAAAGCUGUUAACCCUAGAUGUCUUACUGGGGAUGCAGAAGGAAUUGGUGUUUUGGAAGAGUGACGAAAUUCUUAUGGUUGCGAAAGAUGGACGUAUAUUCACUCACAACAUAGAGACUGAAAGGUUUAGGUAUGUCCCUAUUGACAGCUUGUUUCCUGAUAAUUGUGAAGCUGUUGUUUGUGUCAACAGUAUAGUUCCAGUCACACCUGAGAAGCAACAAGCUUGA